AAACAAAAAACAUUAUUUACAUUCGUUGUAUUUCACAGAUAAUAUCAUGCACAUGCACUAGGUCUUCAACGUUCACGUAUUUAUACUGUGACGUUUACUUUAAUGCCGCAUCAGACGAAUAAAUAAAUUGUUGAAAAUCGAUAUUUCAUCACAUUAUAAACCAUCUUUUUAUAGAAACAGGAAGUGAAUGUAUAAAACUUAAAUACCGUGAUCACGUUAAACGAGAUUUGACGUCGUGAUUUACGCAUGACGUUGACGUUGUUUCUACGCGACAUUGUCAUUGACGCCAAAGCAAUAGCAAAGCGAAUUUAUUCACUUAGCAGUUUUCAGCGAUAUUUAACGAUUAUCGACAGUUAUGGAGGAAGUUUUUAUACCGAAAAUAUCUAUGCUGACCCAAGAUGGAGGAAUAUUUUCCAGUCUUGACAGUUUAUCUGUAUUUACCGGAUACGUUCCCAUUACAGUUCCGAUUUUCCAGGCAGUGAAAGUUAAGCAAGAAAACAGACUAACCACUUUCCUGCGAACAUUGAGAAACUCUGUUCUGAAAUAUUCUAGACAAGAUUAUGAUAUCAUUAGUACUGAUGAAGAUUUUGAUACCCUGUUUUCCUCUGAGACACACCUAGUUUUAAAAGAACGCAAAAGAACGCUGGUACACUUCAUUAAGAAACAUGAAACAGCCCUGCUUGCAUUGAGAGAAGCUAGAAUGAAUUGUUGGAAGUCAAAGGCAAAGCUGCAAAAGUAUGAGUUGAUUUUAGAAACACAGAGAUCUUCAUUACGUUACAAUCAGAACGAGGCUAAAGUCAGAGAGGCAGCAAUUGAGGAUAUGGAAUUCGUACAUAAUAAAUGGAUGGUCAAGCACGAGAAAGACCAUAUUGCUUUUGAGAAAAAGUUCUUAGCUGAGAUAAGUUUGCGAGAGAAAAUUCAAAAGAUGUCAAACGACCUUGAACUUGAUGUAGUUGAGAUGCUUACUGAUACAAUCAGAACGUUGAUGAACAAAAACAGACAAAAUCUGAGUAAUACAGAAGUAAACAAACUUGCCGCACAAGUAUACAAACAAGCAUGCCGUUCAUACAAGUUUAUUCAUGCAUCGAACAUACCAUGUGAGAAAAAAUGGAUUGAGAAACCUGAAUAUGUCAACAACAGAAUUAACAAACAAGACUUAAAGAGAAAGAUCAAGACAUCAAGUUUGGAAAGGGAAUGAAAAGCUUCUUUUUCCCAUUUGACAUCAUUGUGUUUUCAUUUCAAAUGGGUUUUUAUUUGUUAUUAUUUUCCCAUUUCAUAUGGGUUUUUAUUUGUUGUUUUUUUUCCCCUUUCAAAAUGGGU